CCAGUGAACGCACCGUAAAGUAUGUAUUAAUAUCGAUUAUAUGCAACGAGUUAAAAGCUGGAACGAUUUAUUUUCAUUCCGAUCGAUCAAUAAAUUUUCAACAACCCUGUAGUUAAUGAGAGCCAGCUAAUUUGUAUUUAUUUAGCAUCACAUUGAUUGAUUUUAAAUCAGUCACGGACUUUAGUCGGAGUCAUCGCAUUUCCAUCCGUACUCAUCGGUAUGCCGGGUUUGCCACGUGUUGAUAAUCAGCAGCUCUGAAUGAUGCCACGUUUAUUUUCGUCAUGUGUUUUGAAUACCAAGACAAAGAAAACAGUAAAAGGAAAAAAUAUUUUUACAUCGUUGGUCAAAAUACUUGAACCAAUUGAGUGGAAAUUGAGUCAGCUCUUGAGCUUCAACUAUUUUUUAGAUUUUAAUAUGCUCCUCAUUUUCUUCUGUCAAGUCUGACAACUAGGGAAAAUUGACCAAUCAGAGGUCGCCAAAUAGCUUGGAGUCGGCUGCUAAAACGCUACAAUUCCGGUGACGUGUGGUUUAUUGCGCUGCGGUGCCGGUUGUGGGCGAAUUUCGUUGAUUUUUAAUUCGCGUGGGGUCAGGUGCUGCUUAGUGUCCCGGGUUGAUCUCGAGAAUAUAUUUGUUACCUAGAUAAUAUCUGUUUCAACAUGCAGAAUCUCGUCAUUUCGUUUGGUUUGAUAGCGCUUUUUCAGCUUGCGUUGGUUUCAUCUUUGAAAUCUGGAGACUGUGAAGUUUGUAUUGGUGUCCUGAACAAGAUUUACAAAGCCAUCCCUGCUGAGGACAGUUCAAAUCAAGAUAAGAUUCUUAAGAGCCUCCAAGAUGUGUGUGCUGAACUCAAAGGAAAGGAGCAUAAAUUUUGUUACUAUGUCGGCGGGGUGGAGGACUCUGCGACGCGUACGCUCAAGGACAUCACCCAGCCGAUGAGCUAUUCCAUGCCAGCGGAGAAGAUCUGCGAGCGCCUAAAGAAGAAGGAUGACCAGAUCUGCGAGCUCCGAUAUGACAAGCAGAUCGACCUGAACAACGUGGACUUGAAGAAGCUGAAGGUCCGUGACCUGAAGAAGAUCCUCGCCGACUGGGACGAGAUCUGCGACGGCUGCCUCGAAAAGACCGACUUCAUCCGACGCAUCGAGGAACUCAAGCCCAAGUUCAUGCGCGAGGAGCUAUAGUGCUGCUGUCACUUAGGUGCUAUCUAUCGACAUCUAUUUAUGUUUCCGCCGCCUGGGUACAUGGACGGUGGUCAGAGCAGUGUGUGUGUUCUCCAGUGUGUUGCCGGACGCUCUCAGGCACGCUCGAACGUCCGACCGGGAAGCUGAUAGGCUGCCUCGCCGAGAAAGUACGAGAGCGGAUGCACGGCUUGAUGUCUAACCGCUUUCCAUCGCGCCGCACGAGUGGAGAGCUGGCGCGACUCAAAACGAGGCAGUAUUUGUUACGGAGGGGGAAGGGAGGGGGCUGCGGCCGAUCUGAUUGGUCGGCUCAUUCCAGGGGGCGGGGCAGCGCCCGACUGCUGUGUGUGCACGCGGGGGUGUUACUGUAUUGCUGCACGUCCUUAGACGACCGAUGUGACUUGGGAGGGCCCUCAUCGAGUGAAUAAAUUUAAUGUCACCCAUUA